AUGGGGAGACUACGGGAUAGCCUCAAACUUAUCGAAGAAUUAAAGUACACAAUUCACCCCACCGCAGGCAAAGAGGUCUCCGCAUUUGUCCAGGACGCAAGCCGAUUCAUCCCAAGCUGCUACCAAACUGUAGCGAUGGCGCCUCUCCAGAUUUAUUCCUCCGCGCUUCUUUUGCGCCGCGGGAAGCAUCGUGCGACGGGAAUUCUCAGCUCACAUGGAUUGGAUAACGAGAAAGCCCCUAGUUGA